CGCUGAUUGGAUAAGCGCUGAGAUAUAAACUCUGUGAACACUGGCGAUUAUUAUAAUGAGUAAACUGGCUCUGCUGAAAUGGGACACUAGUAGCUGCUUAAAGGGAGGGUUAAUGCAACAUCUGGUUUCAUGGGAACUGAGGAAGGAGGAGCCUCACAAGACAAAAACAUAGUAGCAACGACAGAAAGUUACUACAGCCAACACAGGAGGACCUGCAGAGACCUGAGAGAGUCUAUGAAGAAACUGAAGGCAUCAGUCACUGAAGGAUGUGGUCAUUAUAUGGAUGUAACCAGGCUGUGCACUGACCAUGAGUGACGGUUGGCCUGUUGCUUUUGUGUGACCACCAGGGAAUGACUGAACAGGGCAGAGCUGGACUGUACCUGAUUUUAUCUUGGUUUGCAAUGUCAUGAGACGAGAAGAGAAGUAGGUUUUUUUUUAUUUCUAUUUAACUUUUUUUUUUUGAGGAUGUCACUUUGGGCUCUUUUACCUGCCAGCCUUUUUAUUGGCACCAUUUCUGGUGCUUGGAUUGUAUAUGCUAUGGCACUCUACAACCACCAUGUCUGUCCGGUGAAUAACUGGGUGUAUAACUCGUCAUGUGAGGAGCGUCUGGUGGUGCAGACUGGACCUUUUCUCUGCUGCACGCUGGACAAUAUCCCACUUAUCAGCAAAUGUGGUGCUUUUCCUCCUGAGAGUUGCCUGUUCAGUCUCCUCUGCAGUAUUGGAUCCUUUAUGGUGAUGCUGAUUGGUCUGCUCCGCUACGCUCAGGUGAUCCACAGACAGCAGAACAGUCUGUUGAAUAUGCUGGGCCUUUGCACUGGCUGGCUUUGUGCUGCAGGGCUCACUGUAGUGGGUAACUUCCAGGUUGACUUUGUGAAGGUUCUUCACUAUGUGGGUGCAGGGUUGGCGUUCCCCAGCAGUCUGCUCUUCGUGUGUGCGCAGACGGUCCUGACGUACAGACUGGCCAAAACACAGAGAGACUUCCACACUGUCCACCUCAGAGCGGCUCUCAGCCUGCUCGCCUUGGUCACUCUCAUCCUCAUUCUAGGUGGGGUGUUUUUCGUGCAGGAGAGUUUUGCUCUGCAGCACGCGGCUGCGCUCUGCGAGUGGCUUUUCGCCAUCGUUAUUCUGCUCUUUUACGGCUCGUUCGUCUUUGAGUUCCGCUUCAUAUCUACAGACACUUUGGUGGUGCUGAUCCAGAAAGGAGCAGCACUUCAUCUCUCUCAGAAUGACUGUAAGCUAGAGAGCGCCUAGCUCAACCUCUCCCACGGGAGCGAUAGAGGACUACUAAAGUACACUGACCGGUCACAUUAAGUCCACCUUCUUGUUUCCACACUCACUGUCCAUUUUAUCAGCUCCAC